UGUGGUUAAUUAUAAUUUCAAGAUGGCGGGUUUUCUAGAAGCUUGUCAGCAUUGUUGCUAUUAUUGUCUCCGAGGUCUCUAUUGGGUACCCGUCGGUUUUGUGGUACUAAUAUUGACGUGGGGCUACUAUGUAUACGUGUACACCUUACACUUAUCAGGUGAAUUCGUAAAGCCUAUUCCAGUCAGUGUUUUAUUCCUAUUCAUCGGUCAUAUCUUACUCUUUCUUCACGUUUCGUCGUAUGCGAGAACGAUACUGACAAAGCAUAAACCAGUACCAUCAGAAUUUAUGCCUACAGAUGAGCAGCUGGAUCAAAUGGACACUAUGGAAGAUAGUCAGCCAUUCAUUGCUCAGUUAGCUUCUUCUCUUCCCUUGAAUCAAGUCACAAGAUCAGGUUCUGUGAGAUAUUGUGCACACUGUGAGCUGAUAAAACCAGACAGAACUCAUCAUUGCUCUACCUGUGGAACGUGCAUUUUAAAAAUGGAUCAUCAUUGUCCCUGGGUUAAUAAUUGCGUCGGCUUCUCUAAUUACAAGUAUUUUUAUCUUUUCUUGUUCUACACUGUCGUGCUGUCUCUUUGGUUUUGUCUCUCGAGUCUUUACGAUAUUGUUCACCUAUGGAGAAAGGAUCUAAAGGAAGGAUUGGCCAGCAAAUUCAAUGUCACAUUUUGUUUUGUCAUUUUGGGCGUAUUUGGACUAUCCACCAGCUGCCUCCUCUUCUUUCAUACUUACUUGAUAUUCACUAAUAAAACAACAAUAGAGAGCAUGGAUGCACCAAGGACUCACAGAGGGCCGGUAAAGGAUCUCUACUAUCUCGGUGUACGUAGAAACCUCAGAGCAAUUUUCGGCAGCAACCCGUUCCUAGCCUUACUACCAGUCAAUACCAGUGAAGGCAACGGGGCUUCUUUCCCAAUCAAGAAUCACCACCACAUUGCUGAGUACCGAUCUCAGAGGACAGGAAGAACUGACACUAAUAACAUGGAGAAUGGUUACACUGUUGUAUUGACUAGUAACAGGGAUAGUGGGAGCGAGAGCGAAGUUGAGAUUUUUGCCGUCGAUGAUCGAAGAACGGAAACAGUACCCUUGGCAUCAUCCCCUCAAUAAUUAAGUUGUUGAACCGAUCUCGUGUUAUCAAUGACAUCUGACAUUUUUGUUGUGUUUUAUAAUUUGUGCUUUAAAAUUAUGAUACUGUACUGAUAUUUCUCUGUUUCUUAUUGUCUCAGAACUUACUUCAUGCAUGGCUACUUAAGGAGAGAUAUUCGGUACACGUAUGUUCUUAAAUUAUGCUAUAGUAAUUUGUGAUGUAAUUUCUCAUUCAUUAUCAUUCUGGUGUAAACUCAAA